UCAGUUGUGUUUCAGAGGUUUUAAUGGAAAAAAAUACCAAUCCAUUAGCUGUUUCUUAAUUUUUGUCAGCCCAACCCAACUACUCAACCAGUUGAUCUUACAAUUCCACUUCUCAUUUUGAGUCAGACGAUCAUCUCAUUACUUCCGAAUCACUGAUGGCAAAGCAGACACCAAGUAAAGCAACUCUAGUGAAAUGUCAUCAUCAUUUUUUCUUCCACCUGAAAUUCUCUGCAAUAUUCUCUCUCGUUUACCCUCUAAGGACCUCAUUACACUCACAGCUGUUUGCAAAUCUUGGUUUUCUUUAAUCACCCACCAAUCUUUCAUCUCUACCCACCUCAAUCUCCGUAAGAAAUCUGAUCCCUUUCUUUUGCAUUACAAAGCCGGCGAUUUUCGCGACAACUUCCUCUCCGUUUUGCAUAGCGAAACCUACGCUUACUAUUCAACUUUCCCAAUCCCAUUUAUUUGCGAGAGCAAUUACUUUAAGUUAGCCGCUUCUUUUGAUGGGCUCAUUUGCUUGUCUGACUCUUAUCAAUAUUUUGGUCGAAUUAUAUAUUUAUGGAAUCCGGCUAUAUGGAAACUCAAGAUCCUUAGAAAUUCUUGUUUCGCUCGAAAGUUUAAAGAUUGCGGAACUUUUUUCGCUCUCGGGUUUGGAUUUUCCCGCAGUUCUAAUUAUGAACUAAAGAUUGUGAGGAUAAUGUAUUUUGGGGAUUUUUAUAUGCCUGUUUAUGUUGAGAAAGAGCCACCAAAGGUUGAGGUUUUCUCAUUGGCUACUAAUUCUUGGAGAAGAAUUGGAACAAAUGCUGGAAGCUAUGCAAUCCAAAAAUCUUCGGAUGCAUAUGUCAAUGAAGCUGUGCAUUGGUUUGCUUCCAAGACUAGGGGACCGUCUAGUAAUAUUGUUUUGUCGUUUGAUUUUGAUAGGGAGAAAUUUGGAGAGAUUAUGGUUCCGAAAAUUGAUCCUGAUGGAAGAAAUAGGCUUCGAGUUUCUGCUGAUGUUUUAAGGGGAUUGUUAAUCUUGAUUGUUCACUGUGUUAACAGCAUUGGCAUAGUUGAGAAUUGUUGCAUAUGGGUGAUGACUGAUGAGGGAGUAUGGUGUGGCUGAGUCUUGGAAUAAGGAAUAUUCGAUUGUACCGGAGAAAAGUAUCUUGAGGUCCUUAUGCAUUGUCAGUGACAAUGAUUUGUUGAUCUUAAUGUCUAAUAGAGAGGUGGUUUCCUAUGACCUUGAGCAACUGCAGUUUAAACAUGUUGGAAUUGGUGGCAAUGAUAUGACAAUAGAUUUGGUUACUUUUGUUGAGAGCUUAGUCUUGUACAAAGAAGGAUUUCGUUUAAGUCCGCGGAGGUUUUUAUUUCCUGAAGGUGGCAUUUGUUUGGGGAAGAGAAAAUGGAGUGUAUUCAAGCAUUUGCAACGAAAAUGGCGCUGAAACAUGAAAAACGCUUCAUAUGUGGUCUGCUUUAUUUUCCUUUGUGUAAUUGCGAGCAGAUUCUGCUUAUUCAUAGUUGGAUGAGAGGAUAUGCAAGUGGUCGAUCAAAGUAAAGUAGGAGUGAAAAGAAGUCUCGCAAGGCAAUGUUGAAACUUGGAGUGUAGGCAAUUCCAGGAGUCAACCGUGUUACCGUUAAAAAGAUAAAGAACGCGAGUGUUUUGAGUUAUUGUCUAACUUUUUGUUCUUCUUGUUCAGUUUCAAACUUGUGUAAUAUGCUGUUUACUUUCUGCCUUUUUGUUUUUGUUUUUGUCUCGGGCUGCUUUGUGCCACAAACUCUUGUGCUUUGCAUUUUCCAGAUUCUGUUUCAGACACAUACAUUGUUUUGGGUGAAGCAAAGAUUGAGGCUGCAGAGCAAUUCAAAGCUCCUUCUUGUUUGCGUAAUGUGGCUUCAAAGCCUGAGUUAUCGACCAUGGCUUAAGAUGAACAAGAAGUAGACGAGGCUGGUGUGGUCCGUUUGGAUCUGAAGGACAUUGAAUUGGAGAUGACAAAAGCUAAGGUGUCAAGGUCAAGGGCCGUGAAAGCAGUCAAAAGCUGCAAAAUGGUGACUUUGUUUCUGCCAUUAUGGAACUAAAAAUGUUCAGCCGAGAGAUUAUUUUCAUUUUCCGUUGUUACCCCCUUGAAUGAUUGAGGUUGCAGAUUUUGAAUAUUUAUUAUUAGUCUGUGUUA